AUGGCGGCUGCCAUGAUAAAAGACCGUGGACUGCGUAAAAAACUUACUCAGGAAGCCAUACCCGAGAAAACACCUAAAAAACCUUCGAAGCGUAAAUCGACGCCCAGUAGUUCCAAGAACGACAAGAAAAACGAGCAAAACAACAAUAAAAGACCAAAAAUACAGACGGGUGAUCCAAAAGUGGACUUGUUUUCUACCUACCAGCCGUGGGUGAUCCAGACGUAUGGAGAUUUGGCAAAAACAAAAACAAUAACAUUGAAAAAAUACGCCAGAAUUCUCCGAACACUGCGCGGGGAGGAAUGCAAUAGUUCUGAUAGCUCAAAAUUUCGUUUUUGGGUGAAAGCUAAGGGUUUUCAUGUGGGCAGGCCGACGGGGUAUGACGCGAAGCCUGCCGACGGCAUCGUUUGCAGAUACAGUGUGGCUGAUGCAGAAAGGUGUACUCGUGGGCCGGACGGGCAAGAAAUCUACACGGGAUCACAGAAUGACCCUCCUUUGUAUAUACCUACGCCUCCAUUAAAGGUUGAU